AUGUCUACAAAAACUGAGACAAUGGCAAGUUCAUCCUUCAGACUUGGCCAUCAUCCCUCUACACACUUGGCACCACCUCCUGACUACUACACUACCCAAGCUGUGGAACUAUCACGCCUCUCGCCAGCUAUGUCUUCAACAACCUCCCUUCCAGAAUAUACGACGCAAUACAGCAUUGAAAACGGAGACUCAGCAUCAUCCUCUUCGACAUCGGGAUUUUGUCCUACAAAACAGCUGCAGAUCGAAGCUCCUGGGUUUGCACUUAUUAGACUUCCUCUACCGCCUCAGCCAGAUCCUAUCUAUGUCUUCAAUGUCGCAGCAACGGGAGAACUCGAUGGUGCAGAGUAUGUAUCGAUUCGGCCCACAAGAAACUCAGGCUCUUGUUUUCUUGCCAGGGCGAACGACCCUACACAAACAGCUCUUUGCACGACCACAUACCGCUUUGGUCCAGGCAAGCCUCCCAAGAUCCGUUUUGUUGGGGAUGGAUCACAGAACGGCCAGACAGAGGAGAUCGAGGUCAGCUGCAAAGGUGUUCUAACCCGCAGCACCAUCAUGCGCACUCAUCUCGGCACUUUCGAAUGGCGAUACAGUUCCCGUGCCGAACGUCGAAGUGCAAAAUCCUCUGUUGGCGAGGAAGUCGAUUGUCUAUUAAUUCUAGACCAAGUCAUGAAAGUAGCCGUCCCAGGAGGAAAGCAAGAAGAGAGAAGACGCAAGGUUGGGCAAUUCGUGCGUAGCGAUGGACUCCGUACUCAAGGUUCUAGGAGGAGCUCUGCUGGAAAUGGUGGACGGCUUAUGCUUGAUUUGCGUGAGUGGCUGGAUCGGAAAAACGAGGCAUCUGAGAUGGAAAUUCUCGCCGUGGUGAGCUGUGUGUCUAUGAUGAAGAAAGAGGUGGAUAGGCGAAGAAUGCAUCAGACUAUGGCCAUCAUGGGAGGUGCUUCUGGUGGACCCUAG